UGCGCAUCAAAAUAGAUAUAAUUAUAGAAAUUACUUGACUGAAUCACUUCGGUCUUAGCACGGUCUUAGUAGAGUUGAAAGUGAUGCAGCCGUAGACAUGGCAUUGCUAAAAAUCGUAUUACUUCCAGCGGUUUUGUGCGCUUUACUUGUGAAAAGUGACACAGACGGACAAGUGAGCGAUAGGGGCGCACAGACUUACCCCCUGAUUUCAGCCGUUUUAGACCACCUGAAUGCCAACCCCAAUAAGGUCUUCGACUACGAUAGAGGCUCUUUGUUAAGUGCCGAAAACAAGGGAAGCGUUAUAGAAGUGUCUGUUGAAGUGGAGGUGAGCUGUAACAACAACUACCCGGGAAUACCUUGCAAUGAACAUGCCCUCAUAUGCAAUGCUUUUUUGGGCCCUCAUGCUCUUAACUCCAGUGCCUAUAUGGUACUGAGCGAUGUGAGGUGCAGUCCAACAAUGGAAAAUACAAUGGAAGAAGCUGACGAAUCCAUUGCCAGCACGCGUGAAGCUAUUGGAGACCAAAAGUUGGACCUGAGCAAUGAGGCACUCAACCCACGACAGGAGAGCGCUGACUUUGUAGCUGUCCGAACUAACGAUAACUUAUGCGGAGGGUGUCCGUAUGAUUUGCACACAGACGCCGAAGGAGUGGAUGAACUAGUCGACAAUGCUCUCAAGCACAUAGAAAGUGAGAGAUCGCAAAGAUACCGAAUCACCAAAAUUCGACGCCUGCAGCAGCAGGUGGUAGCAGGAAUUAAGUACAUCCUGCUUGCGGAUGUCGCCCAGACAACCUGCUCGAAAGAUGCUGAUGUAUCGGCUCUAUGUGCUCUGGACGAAAGCAUCGAUCCCAUCGUGUGUAAAGUCUCGUUUAUCGAGCAACCCUGGAUCAGCAAGAACAAACACAUUAUUGAAAACAACUGCACCUUGUCGCAGGAAUUCGAAUGCUUCAACCAUUCGUCAAAUAGAAAAAACGAUGAGAGCAACGAAAUCAUUCCACACAAAGAUUUAGAUAUUUCCAAACCGGACGUCGUUCAGAAACCCACAGCGGGCCACAAUUUUGAUGCAAUCGCCCAAACCGGCAAUAUGGAGGCGCUGAUAGAUCCAGAACAUUUGGCUGAUAUAGAAUCGCAAAUUUUACUCGAUGUUGGCAUUAAAGAGAACCGGCCGAAGAGUUAUGCAACGCCUCAGGAUCAAACAGUCUAUUCUAAAGUGGAUGAACCCUUGUCAACCUCCACAGACCUCCAAAGCUUAAAAGUAGAACCUUUACGAACGCUGUACGAGUCGUUGCCAAUUGACGAAGAGCAGGAACAAGAUGCAUAUGCGACCAUUCCUCAAAUCGAUUUUCUGUCGCCCACCAAGGCUAUUGAAUCCAUUCCGAACCCUAACUGGUACUGGCUGGAGAAAACGGACCAUCAAUUCAAAAGAAACGCAAAGGACGACAGUUCAUUCGAAGAAUCCAAUGAAUCGAAAAGCGACUCGUCUGAAGAAAAGAAACAGCCAACGGAAUCAUCCACUUUAAAGCAGCUCGAUGAGGGUGUUACCGUUAAAACUAGAAGAAACGUGGACGACACCAGCGAAAGCUUGUCACACUCCAAAGAUUCAUCUGAGGAGUCAAACAGACCCAAGAGAACGACAACGGACAGCAGUGAAAGCGACUCAGACUCCAAGGAUUCAUCUGAAGGAGCCGCCAGGAAAGCCGAAGCAACUGAAGCAAAAGAUAGGGUUCAGAGGGAUGCAAACAGAGACUCAACCGGAGAAUCCGCAUCCUCAUCAACGGAGUCGAAAGAAAAAAUUGGGCCAACCAGACAGAGACGAUCCAUUGGCCAACUAGAAAAGAUUCUUCCCGAGGAAAAGAUCAUUGUUAGGGGAUUAGCGGACUUUGCAGCUACAUCAAUGGACUACAUCGACGACGAUCACCACAAGAGGGUGAUUUUGCAGAUUCUGGGCGCAAAAAAACUGAAACUUGACGGUAUUUACUAUCAGAUAAUUCUGCGCUUGGGUAUCUCGCAAUGCAACGAGAACGAGCAUAAUGACAACUGCAAAGACAAGCUUUUUACGAACUUGACGAAGAUUUGCAAAGUGCAGGUGCAUGUGGACGACGACUAUUCCAAUCCGAAAGUUGUGAAAUCGCAAUGCCAAAAUAUCAAGAAAGAUGAAAAUGAUAGAAAUCGCACUAACUAUAGCCGGUACAGACGGCAAAUCGUCGGCGCUCCUGCAGAUGUACCUGCCGAUGAUCCCGAAGUAAAGGCAAUUAUUAAAAAAACCUUAGACAAACUGGAUGCUGCAUCUGAUCACCCAAAUAAGCGCAAAACCACUGAGAUAGUUUCCGUAACAAGCCAAGUGGUGGCCGGUAUCAGAUACGUAGUAACGGCGAAAAUUGGCCUGACUAGUUGCAAGAAAACAGAGAACAAAUUGGGCGACACCUGCGAUCUGCUAAACGGAACAGUGCCUGAAACUUGUACGAUUGACUUCACGGAACAGCCCUGGGUGAAGAAGACUUACUUCGUAGUUACGUGCAACGAUAAGGUGUAUAAUUUCGGCAAUCACGAUCGAGUGAGACGAAAUUGUCCUGGAUGUCCGUCUGAUCUGGACCCGUCUGAAAUUGACCACUACUUAACUAAAGGUCUCAGUCAUUUGGACUCCAGUUCGACCAGCAACAAUCGCUACAUUUCAGAGAAAAUUCUGCGCUCUACCAAGCAACUGGUUGCUGGUUGGUUUGUGACUAUUAAGGCGCAAAUCACCGAAUCCAAUUGCCCGAAAUCUAAUACAGAGGCCAAGGAUUGUACCAAGUUGCAAGGCAGUAAGAGUAAAGUGUGUUCCUUUAGAAUCUGGGAACAACCCUGGAUUAAUUUCACCCAAAUUGGAGUCACAUGCGAUAACGAAGACACGCAAGUAUUUCGCUCAAGAAGAGCUAUUAGUGAUGAACAUUUUGAAUCACCUGCAGAGAGAGUGCAUGGCAAAUCAACUCACGCCGAUGCGUUGAAGAAUGGUUUCUUGCAAUUUAUGAACAAGUACAAUAAACAGUACAAACAUCGAAUCGAAUUCAACUUUCGUUUAAAGGUAUUCAGGGACAACUUGAAUAGGAUAGACCUUCUAAAUAAGUACGAAAGAGGAACCGCCCGAUACGGAAUCACACAAUUCGCAGAUUUAACUGAAGCAGAAUUUUCAAAGCUACACGGCUACCGGCCAGAAUUGAGAAACGAGAACGAAUUACCAUUCGCUCGGGCAAAUAUUCCAGACAUUGAAUUACCGACGGAUUUCGAUUGGCGCGCCAAAGGUGCUGUUACUGAAGUGAAAAACCAGGGCUUAUGCGGUAGCUGUUGGGCUUUCAGUGUAACUGGGAACAUUGAAGGACAAUACGCGCUAAAGCAUGGCGCUCUACUAGAAUUCUCUGAACAAGAGCUGGUUGAUUGCGAUAAGGAGGACCAAGGAUGUAAUGGAGGACUGAUGGACACCGCUUACAGGGUAAUUGAAAAAAUGGGCGGCUUGGAAAGCGAAUCCGACUACCCGUAUGAGGGUGCAGAUGAGACCUGCAUCUUCAACAAAGGCAAAGUCAAGGUGCAAGUUACCGGAGCCUUAAAUAUCAGUCAAAAUGAAACGGACAUGGCCAAAUGGUUGGUGCAGAAUGGACCGAUUUCCAUCGCCAUCAACGCCAAUGCCAUGCAGUUUUACUUUGGCGGGAUUUCGCAUCCCUGGGCGUCGCUUUGCAGCCCCAAUUCGUUGGAUCAUGGCGUUUUAAUUGUCGGAUAUGGGGUGCAUUCUUACGCCUUAUUUAAUCGAACCAUCCCCUACUGGAUUGUUAAGAACUCCUGGGGACCAUCUUGGGGUGAGCAGGGCUACUAUCGCGUAUUUCGAGGCGAUGGAACUUGCGGCUUGAAUCAAACUCCAUCAAGUGCCAUAGUCGCUUAAGCCGAUCGGAGAUUAUCAAUUAACAAGUGUGAUAAAGCAAUACAUUGGGCUGUACUUUUAUCACGAUUUUAGAUUUUCUAUACCUAUGUUUUUAAUCGUAUUUUGCAAUAUAUAUGUAGAUAUUUUUUUUAGGUUUUUAUGAAUGAUGUAGUGCAAAUGCAAGGUAUUUGAUAAGACUACCUGGGAUGUUUCUGUGCAGCCGAAACAUACAAUUUACAUUUAAAGAAUCUCUAAUAUAUCGAGUAACGCAAGAUUAUAUAGAUGUUUGCUUGCUUUAGAUCUGAAUAGAAGGUGGCUUUCAAUGAAUUGGAAUUCGGUGAAUGUUAUACAUAUUAUAUUUGAAUUUUGUAUGAAAAAUUAUUAAAUUGUUCCAGUGUU